UAAUUUAAAAGUUAAAUAUGUUUUCGCAUAUUAAUGUCGAAAUCUUCAAUACACAACACGGUUUUAAAUUCUAAUUUUCUAAGAAGCAUAUGAUUGGUCACAUUUGAAUGACUAAUUUUUAUACAUUCUUGGCAAGCCUUUUGUUUAGCUUGAGUUUAAUCUUUAUUCUCCCAGCUAUGAGAUAACAGAUAAGUUCAAUUUAAGUGAUAAAAUUAUUUAUCUCAAUAUGCAUACAUAUCCUCAUUUAAACAGAAUGUUAGAUUAAUACAGUUUUUUUUGUAUUUCUCUUCCUUAAUUACGGAAACUCGCCGAAGGUCAACGUUCUGCGUGGAGCGUGAAGACGACCGAUAAGACUGACUACGAUGUUAAAAUCGUCUGUCCAGCAUAAGAUUCUAAAUUAUUUACCUGAUGAUAGACCAAUUACUGCUAUUCAAAUCGUAGAAAAUUUAGAAAAGUGUCCCAGAGGGUUUUUUGCUAUUAAUAAAACCUAUGACCAGGACUCAGACGCUGAUCUAAGGGAAAGCUCAAUUUUUAAAAGUAGCUCUGCUAGAUAUCUCUGUUUAUCAAAAACUGAAGGACUGCCAAAUUUUGUGGUGCAAGAGAUUUUAGUUCUUGGUGAUAAAGCUAAUCCACCCCAAGGAUUCAGUUUACUAAACAGAACUGCUGAUAGUGAACAAAAGGCUUGGAAAAAGAAACAAAUUUGUUAUAGAUUAGUAAAUAGGAAAGAUAUAAGAACUGCUGUGACUGAUAUUAUAAUUUGUAGUCGACUGAAAAAGGCACCUGCUGGUUUUUCAUUUGCUGGAGAAUUAAACGGCGUUACUCUCUGCUACAAAAUGGGUAACGUGCAAGAUUCCCAAUCUAUCGAUUCACCUCCAGAACGUCCUCCGAAACCGAAUUCGAUGUCUCCAGGAGGAAAUCCCAUAUACCCACCGCUAGAUUCCGAUCACGAUUAUGAAAUUUUACGGCCCGGCGCUUAUCCUUCUGCCGGUCCUGGAGCACCAAUCCGGCCUGCCCCCAAGCCACCUGCAGCGCCAGUAGUGCAACAUCAAAACUCUACAAAUACGCUGGGAUCGUCUUAUACGAGCGGUCUAGAUGGUGUUCCGUUUGUUGUAAAUCCAAAAUUUUUAACGGGUAGUACUUCAGAUAGGAAUGAAACAAAUAACAAAUUCUCUCAGGUAAAGAGAAAAAUCCGGUUUUCUAUUCCCUCAAAUUCAAGAAUAGCUAUUUUUAGUAGGACGUAUCGUACUAAAUUGUUUAUAGUUUCCAAACAACUUGCCGCAAAUUUUACCAGAAAAUACUCAAAAUCUAUUGAAAAAGAACUCGAAGUACCUACAUUUUGUGAUGUAUACAUUACUGUACCUUAUAAUCUAAAUAUAAAACCUUUAAAUAUCCAUAAAUAUCAUAAUUUUGACAAACUAAUCAUAGAACAUGAUGGAGAGUCCGAUAAAGAUUUAGAAUUUAGUGUAAAUGGCAAUCAUGUGACAAUAAUAGAUAAAACUGAGAAUACAAGUAUUAAUUGUAAUGUUAAAGUUCCAAUAAAAGCAAAUUUGUAUGUUGAUUGUAAAAGAGAUAUUACAGUAGGCCAACUUAACGGUGAUAAAAUUAGUCUCAAGUCUGAAGAGGGUAAUAUAACUUUGGAUAAGUUCCAUGGAGAAUCUGUUAAAAUUUCUACAAAAACGGGAGAUAUCAAGUUUAAAAAUGUUGUUCAAGCAUCUAACAUUGAAGCAGUUGUCUCUGAAACAGGAUCAAUAAAAAUUGGAAGAGUACAAGGUCUAAACCUCAAACUAAAGACUAAUAAUGGAGAUAUGACAGUUGAGUCAUCAUAUUGUAAUAAAAGUGUUUUUGAAGUUCAAAAAGGUAAAAUGGAAUUGGCAAAUAUUCACAAAACUUGUAAAAUUAUGUUAAAUGAGGGCCAUUUAAAACUGAAUGGGUUUGACGGAAAACUUUCUACUCAUAUAGAAAACGGUUCUGCUGACAUAUAUCUGUCCCGAAUUUUGGAUAAUUCAGAUAUAACAAUAGUAAAAGGAACUCUGCACUUAACACUAGCAGAGUUGUGUCAAAAACAUGUUAAAUAUGUAGUGGCAGCAAAAGAAUGUGAUUUUGCAGAUGAUCUCAAUAUAGAAACAGAUGAAAAUGGUUGUGUUAGAAUAAAUCCUGAUAUUAAUGAACAUACAGUGUCUGUUUAUUGCUCAGAGGGAACUGUGAUUGUGGAUUGUGCUAGUUGGAAGGACAUGAUAAAAAUGAAGCUAAAGAAAUAAGCAUUUAGCUAUCUGCGAAGUUCUUUAUCUAUUUUGCAGCAUGUCCCAUAUUAUACAAUAUCUGUAGAAUAUGGGUGUUUAUUAUACUUCCUGUUAAGAAAUAAACUUAAUUAUUACUUCGAAAUAAUAAGGAAAAUAAUUUGCAAUAAUACUAAAUUUAAUUUAGUUGCUUCUUAAAUAAUUUUUAAAAUUCCCAGAUAAUAAAAUUUACAAAUUAAAGUGUCACUAUAAUCAUUUUUUUCAUAAUUUCUGGUUUAAAAAGCCAAUUAAGUUAUGAGAGAAUUAAAGUCUUUUUUAUGGAACAUGCUGUUAAGAAUAGUUGAUUUAUAAUUAAUUUAAUUUUAAAAACUUC